GUCCUUUUUCUCCUUCUUCUUUUUAUUAUUCUUUUUAUUUCACACUCGCACACAUACAGACUAUAGUGUGUGUGUGUGUGUGUGUGUUGUUUUUUGCUCAUUUGCUGUCUUGUUACUGGAGAGGUCAUGACUUCCUCCAACACUACUAUAUCUCUUGUCGAUACACUCCUCCCUCCUCUCCCAGACAGACGCAAAUCCAUAUUCAAACAACUCUUUUCUUCUCCUCCUCCUCCUCCCACUUUUACCACUGUAGAACAUGUACAGGAACAGGGAUACAAGGUCAAGGAGGAACUCUUGCAGGAAGCAACUCCGCCUCCUCAAGAGCGUCUGGUCGACCCAGAUUCCCUCUUUCCAUCUCUAAUGUCCACGGCAAAAACGUCAACAGACAACCACGACGUAUGGAGGCUCUUUACCAAAGUCAAAGAGGCUUUUCCCAACGGUGCUCGUCUGGAAAACAUGACGUGGCGUCUCAUGCACAUGCAAAAGAAAAAGGAGCAGCUACGGAAUCGCUCGAGUGGAGAUGCAGACUUUAUGGACAUGGACAGGGACAGACACGGAACAGAGGUCAACAUGAGCAGAGACACGAGCACAGACACAAUGAGCACAGGAAUGGAUGUGGACACGACAAUGAGCAGCAGGCCCAUGUCUAUACCCGCCCACAACAAAAUGGAUUCGCCAAUGGAACAAGUGGAAACAGCCGCCGCCGUGGCAUUUUCAGCCCCCGCCUUUUCAGGUCCCGCCUUUUCAGCUACCGCUUUUCAAGACGCGGCGUUUCUCGGCCACUCGUAUGACUCGCCCUUUGACCAAGAACAGUGGAUGCACGAAUUCAUGUCCAUGGAUGCAUUUGCCCCAGAGCAUUCCUUUGAGCACUCGCUUCCGAGCUCUCUCCCAAACUCGUUUUCUAAUUCCCUUCCUGCAUCCUCGUUUUCGUUGGAAUCUGUCUUUCCCGUUCCAACCCUACCACAUGAACAAGAACCAUCUUUACAUGCACCACCACACCCGGUACCACCACAACCACAACCACCACAACCACUACCCGUUCAAGAAGAAGAAGAACAACAACAACAACAACAACACCUUGCAUCCUCACCCGUCAGCACCACAUCGUCGUCGUCAGCCGACAUGCGGCGCGCACCCUCUAAAAAGCCCUCGUCCAAAAACCUUCACGAAUUCACAGUGUGCACAAACUGCAGUACCAACAAGACAUCGCUGUGGCGCCGCAACGCCAACGGCGACCCUCUCUGCAACGCCUGCGGCCUCUUUUUCAAACUCCACGGCGUGGAUCGCCCGAUUAGUUUGAAAACGGACGUGAUUCGCAAGCGGAAUCGAGGCAAGGGGUUGCCGGUGCACAAGGGAAAAACAAAAUCGGGGACGUCGGUGCCUAGAGAAAAUGGGUUGUUGGCGGGUGGUACGGCGCCAACGUUGUUGCGGAGCAUGAGCAGUCCGAAUUUGCACAUGAUGGGGCAUCCUCCUGGGCCCAUGCCUGCGGGAGUGCCCACUGGCAUGUCCAAUGGCAUGUCACCGAGUGUGCAUACUGGAAUGUCCAUUAGAAUGCCCACCGGGGUGCCCAAUGGAAUUCCACCUAGUAUACACACGGGAAUGUCACCUGUAACCAGUGGAAUGUCGCCUGGAAUGUCCCCUGGAGUAGCGAAUGGAAUGUCGCCUGGAAUGCAUACCGGAAUAUCACCUGCAAUGCUCAAUGGAAUGUCACCUGGGAUGCAAACGGGAAUGUCACCAGGGAUGCAAACGGGAAUGUCACCUGGAAUGCAUGCUGGCAUGCGUACCGGGAUACCAACGGGGAUACCAACGGGAAUGCCCACAGGGACGCCCACAGGGACGCCCACAGGGACGCCCACAGGGAUGCACACGGGAAUACAAACGGGAAUGUCUCCAGGCCACCCGACGACCCUAUCCACGACCCUGUUCACCGCUCUAUCCUCGACGCCACCUACGACGACAACAACUACCACCACCACAACAACAACCACAAAUCACUCGACUGACCCGACCGGCCAGUCAACCACCACCCCCCACCCCCGCUCCCAACUCACCGCCGGCCUCCUCUCCUCCACUUCCCUCGCACCAACCCUCCUAACCCAAGACCCCUUUUUCCCAUCCCCAGAUUACACCCACUACCCUCCUUCAACCUCUCUCCCCACUUUUCCCCCCACCAAACGCGUCCGCAUGGAACCCACCCCCUCCCCACCGACCUACCUCGACAUGCACUCGUUAUACGCCCAACUCAAAACCCUCAUUGAACUCCAAGUAGGCGAAGAUAGCCAACCCACCACGCUCCCUGGUAUGACGAUCCCGCAUUCGCAUCAUUUUCAGAGAAAUGUUGAUGUGGAUGUUUUGGGCUUGAUUGGGAAUGGGGAUCCGGCGGGGACAUUGACUGAAGAGUUGGUUGAGCGGUGGGGAGGUGGAUUCUAAAAAAUGAAAAAAAAAAAAAAACAUUGUGUAUAAUGGAAUUCUUGUGUGUGUUUUUAUUAUUAUAUUUUUUUUUUAUUGUUUUUUUUUUUAUUGGUGCUUUUUGAUGGGGG